UUCCGAAUAAGAAACAUUGGAUUUCGUGUUUAGUUUUUCGUUUUGGAUAUUUUUGAUUUCUUGUUUCUGAUAAAGUUUGAGGAAUUAAUUGGAUACAUCACGAUGGCUUCGAUCAAUAUGGAAAUGUCGAAAACAUACCAAUAUCGGAAAGUAAUGAAGCCAAUGUUGGAGAGAAAGCGCCGCGCGAGAAUUAAUAAGUGUUUGGACGAGCUUAAGGAUUUGAUGGUCGCCGCGCUAGAAUCAGAAGGAGAACAUGUGACGAGACUGGAAAAGGCAGAUAUCCUAGAAUUAACAGUAACACAUCUACAAAAGCUAAAGAACCAACGGAAACUCACCGGCGGCAACUCAACAAUGACUCGCGCAGAAGGAUUUCGAUCAGGAUAUAUCUAUGCAGCAAACGAAGUCUCACAGACGUUGUCGCGAAUUCCGGGAGACUACGUUAAUCUCGGAACGCAAGUUAUGGGACAUUUACGCCAACGAUUAAAUCAAAUUCAGCCGCCUCCAAUGAAAGUUACCCCACUGACCCCGCUGACAAAUCCACUAUCGAUUCAGUGCGGAAGCUACCCUGGUUCCUAUUCGGUCCCAUUAUCCCCGAUUUCAUCAAGGUCGAGUGCACUUGAUAGUCCUUCAAGCGAACCACCCUCUACAAAACAUACAGAACUUCGAUGUUUCGUUCCUGAGCCAGAAGAAAACGUCUGGCGUCCUUGGUGAAAAAUGUUGUAUUUAGUUGUUUUAAAAUGGAUCUCAUUAAGACAUUGUGAUUUGAAUCUAUAGUUAAUUGUGUCUUAAAUAUCUCAGGGAUAACAACAAUAUCCAAGAGCUUCCUAGAUGGUAUUUUAUUUUCUCCAAAAGCUUUAAUUAUGUAUUUCCAAAUGUUUGUGAUAAAAAGUUGUUGGCAUUAAGUUUUGUUGACCGAAUAUCUGUUAAGUCCUUGAAAAAUUCAAUUGAUGUACAAUUGUUGUAACGAUU